AUGAUACAAGUAAUUCACACCCCUCUCGGUGAACCUUUAGGGCAGAUUAUUUCAGAGAUCCCUCAUGAAAAGGCUCAUUUUACAAAGCCAUUGCGUGAAUUGGAAGAAACUCAAAGAAUUCUUGUCUCUUUCAAUUCUCGGCCGCUUUCUGCACCAAUUGAAUGCAAAAAACUAAUCCCAGAAGCCAGCGUCCAUCCAGGUUCCUCCAUAAGUCAAAUAUCAGUAAAAUACUAUAAAAAGCCAAACCAAUCCCCUCCCCAAAAGAAAUCCCCUGAGCAUGCCAACCUUUCUUCGUCUCCAAAGGCUAAAUAUUCAAAUCUAAAGCCAAGACUUAAUAAAUCCCCUUCAAAAUCUGUCCCAAGACCCCUCCUCAAGCCUAAAGAAGUCCCAAACAAAGAAAAAGCCAAUAAAAUUUCUACAACAAAACCCCUAAUAAAUAAGCCAAAAAAUCCCAAUGAAAAUCAAAAGACGGUAAAACCAGAAAAACCCAAAGAGCCACCCCAGCCCAAAAAAGAGGAGAAACCAAAAGCAGACCCUGAAAAAUUAAAACUUAUAUUAAAAGAAUCAAUCUCUAAGCACAAAGAACAGAAAAUAAAAGAGCAAGAGCUUGAAAUGAUUGAAGAAGAAAAAAUGAAGCAAAAACAAAAAGAAAUUAGAGAUUUCAGUGAAGAAGCCAAAGAAAAACUGGAAAAAGCAAAAAAAGUCCCUUUUAAGCCAAAAAUAGCCUGGGGAGCUGAUCAGAGAAAAUUUCAAGAACAAGACGAAAAAUUUAGGGAAGAGGCAAAAAAAGAGAAUGAAAAGAAAAGGGAAGCGAGAGAAAAGGUAAGGCAAGAAGGAAGAGCCAGAAUUGGGCUUAAAGAGCUAUUUGAAGCUAAGCCAGAUCUUGAAGAAAGUAAUUUAUAAGUAGAAAUUCGGAAUAAAAGCAAAGGAAAUGAAGAAAAAACUGCAAAAAAACCACCAAAGCAGCCAAAUGAAGAAAUCCAAGCAUAUAUGGCAGAACAAAAAAGACUGCGGAAAUUAAGACUAGAAGAAGAAAAAAAAAGAAAGGAAGAAGAAAACCGCCUAAGAAUCGCAAAACUAAAAGAAUUAGACGAGCUAUCAAGAAGCCGGGCAAAUGUAUCAAAAAGAUCAGACUCAAACCCAGAUUUAGAAAGGAGAAUGAGAAUUAUAAGGAAAGCAAAAAGUGCCGCCCGCAGGAUGAGAAAUGGAGGAAGCGCUGAUUAUUCCUAUGAAGAAGAAAAAAUAGAAAAAAACUCAGAAGAGCCAUCAGAAAUUAUGCAGCAAAGAUUCACUGAUGAAGAUAUUUAUAAAUCAGAAAAUUUGUGGGAAAAGAAAAAAAAUGAGGUGGAAAAAUACAGCGAGCCUGACAGAGAUAGAGAAAAUAUUGAUGAAAACGUCGCAGAAAAAGAUAGCGAUGAAAGCGAGAGAUAUGAGGAUGAAUAUACAAGUGAAGAAAAAUUUUCUGUAGAAGAAAAAGUACCAGUAAAGGAUGAAAAUUCAGAGAUUAAUUUUUCGAGAGAUUUAAAAAUUCAAAAAGAUAAUUUACCUGGAAAUUCUAACUCCCCCUUCGUGAGCGAACAAAAAAAUUUUGUUUUCGCUCACUGAGGGAUUAAUUGUUUUUUUUUAAAAUUUAUAUAUAACAUUAUUUUAAAAAAUUUUAAAAAAUACCAAUUCGCAAAAAUUGGAAAGCAAAUAUUAAUUUAAUUUGGAAAAUUUAAAUUAAACAGAAUUAGCUAGAGAUUUCGUUAUAUUAAUUAUCACUUAUAUAUUUCAUAAAAUAUUUUGUUCGCUUACUGAGGGUGAGUUUUUUGGCAAAAAAUAGGGAUUUUUCCAAUGGUUUUAUUCGCUCACGGAGGGGGAAGUAAAGAAAUUGGACCGUCCUAUCAAGAAUAUAUAAUAAACCCAAAAGCAAUUGACGAUUUAAAAUCGAAAAAUCAAGAAGAUGAGCUGAAAUUUAUGAAAAAAGAAUUGGAAUUUUUCAAAAGUGAACAAAUUUCUAUAUCACAAGCUGUUUCAAAUAGGAGAAACCUUCAGAACGAAAAUGAUUUUACUCCACUCCCUUUAAAAAUUUGUUUAAUUUAGGUAAUGAUUUUUUUAUAUUUUUCAUAAAUUAUUAAUUUAUAUAAUUUAUCGUUCCAAAGCACUUUUUUUUAUAGUAUACUACUUUCAUUUCAUCACUUAAAAUACAAAUCAUAUAUAAUUUUUAUGUUGGUGACGUUAAACUGGUCUCUACACCUUCUCCUAGAUUAUUAUUUUACCGAAAUUUUGUUGCAAUUAAAAUAAGGUAUAUUUUGUCCCAAUUUAAAUGUGGAAGUUAGCAAAAGAAAAGAAACCCUUAGAAAUCAACUAGCAAACCUCCAAACUAGGCUAGCAAAAAUAGUCAAACAAAAAAACCAAACUCCAGUCAAAGAUGAAACCAAAAUCGAAGACGAUUUAGAUGUAAAAUUCACAGAAUUCCCAGGAAUUUUAAAUGCUAAAAACUGAUAUGCAGAAGCCCAAGAAUUUGAUGAAUUUAUUCAGUUUAAAGCUGCCAGAAAAAUUCAAGCUUUAGUCCGUGGCUAUCUAGCAAGAAAAGAUUUCCAGAAAAAGAAGCUUGGGAUUAAAUCCCAAAAAGAAAUAAAUACUGAUAUUCAUUCAAUACUGAAUAAAUAUUACCCAGAAGCUUAUAUUCCUGAAUCAUCUAUAAUUUCUAGCUAUGUCCCAGAGAGUAUGAGCUACCCUGCCACGUCAAUAAAUCCAACCCUAUCAUCAAAUCUAAAAUCAAUUUCACUCAAGCCAGAACCAGAUCCUAUCAAAAUUAUAGAAGAACCUGCUGAAAAGUCGCAGCUAAAGCUACAAAAUUUACUGAGAAAUGAUUUCACUGAUAACGACGAGUACAAUUUAGUCAAUAUUUUGGCUAAAGAGCUAUAUUCAGUAGAAAAAAUUGAAGAAAAAGAGCUAUCCUUAUUAAUUUUUAUAAAAAAUAAUUUUGAUUUAUAUAGAAAUAAAUGAUAAUUACUAUAAUAAAAAAUAGAUAUAGUAGAAGAGCCAGAAGCAAGCAUCCAUACUUCAGAAGAACAAUAUUCAAGCGAGUUUGAAUCUGAAGAAGAAAUCAAAAGCAAAAUAUCUGAAGAAGAGCCAGCAAGAAGCUCAAGAAUAAAAUUUUCAGACGAUUACAGACUGUCUUCUAGCAAGUUCGGGAUAACUGAAAGCAUUUAUGAAGAAGAAAAUUCAGACAUCCCUGAAAGCAUUUAUGAGUCUAAAGCUUCAAAAAAAGGACUCAUUUCUUCAUUUAAAGGGUCUAAAUCAGAAAUUUCUGAAAGCAUAUAUGAGAGCAAAGGGGUUUCCAGCAGAAGAUUUGAAGAUUCAGGAAAGAAAUACACAAGUAGCAGCAUUCCUGAAGAUAUUACAGAAAGUAAAGGAAUUUCUAGUAGGCGGGUUGAUAGUUUAGGGGAAUCAAGCAAAAGAUUUGCCAGCAGCAUAUCAGAAGAUAUCAUAGAAUCAAAAAAAUCAUUAACAAGCGAUAUUCCAGAAGACAUUUAUGAGUCCAAAAAAACCUUAAACAGCUAUAUUUCAGAAGAAAUUUCUGACUCAAGUCCAACCCCUGCCAAGAGUAAACUUAAGCAGUCUCAUUCCUCAGACCAUUACUCAGAAGACUUUGAAAGUGUCUCUUCUUCUCAUGAGGCUUUAGUAAAAAGAUUUGAGUCACCUCAAAACAUCCAGGAGACCUAUGAAGACGACUUUGAGUCUGCAUCAAAAACUGAACUGGAAAGCUCACUAAAAAAUGAUUUUCAGAAAAAAAUUGAAGAAAUUCCAGCACCUGGAAAAUUUUCUGCCAAACAGCUACAAGAUCAGCUGAUUUCUCAGAUUGAAGCAUUUGAUAGGGCAAAAAACAGAGAACUUGAAGCAGAAAUGAUGGUUAAAGCGCAUAGACAAUGGAUGGAGGAGAAAAAGAAAGAAGAAAUGAUGAUGAUUAUGAAGGCUCAAGAACUUUAUAUAGAAGAACUAAAGAAAAGCAAGCAAGAAGAUCAUGAUAAAUUUCAGCAGCUAGCCCAGUUUAUAGCAAACCAGCAAAAAGAAUCAUUUUCUGACCUAGCCGCUGUUAUUAGACAGGCCCUUAUUAAUGUCCCAAGACCUCGGACCCCAAGCAAGAAAAGUGAUACCUCAGAGAUUGACUAUGUAGAAGAAAAAAAAAUUUUUUAAAAAUUUUUUUAAAAAUAAAUAAAAAAAAUAAAAUAAUUUUUUUACACCCAGAAGAAAGAAAAUCACCAUUAAGACCUGACGAUUAUGCAAGAACUGAGUACAGCGAAGACUUCGAAAGCUACUCAGACAGCUCUAAACAGUAUGGACUUAAAAACUCAGGAAGAAUCCAAUCUCCAGACUACAGCAAAAAGUACAUCGAGCAGCAAAUAAAAGAAGAAGCUGACAGAAGCCGAUUUAGCUCAAGUUCAUCCUUAACAAGAUCACUUUCUCCACAAAUAAAAAUAACCCCAAGAGACAAGCUUAAAAAUUCUGAUGAUUUUAGAGCCAGUUCUUCUUCAAUCCCAGAAGAUAUAGAUAUGAUGGCAAGCUAUAAGUCAUCAGAUUUUAUUGAAGAAUAUGCAGCUUUAAAAAAUUAUGCGUCUUCUCAUGAGGUUAGUGCAUUGUCAAAAUCAAUUGAAACUGAGAUAAGUAAAAAGGAAGAAAGUAUUGAUGAGAGCUUGCCACAGUAUUCUGAUGACUUUGACUCUUUAUCGAAGUCAAAGCAAACAUUGAAUGAAUAGGAUUAGGGUUUUUUUGUUUGAAAAAAGCUUUUUUUUAAUGAGAUUUGAGGAAAAAAUCGAAAAAAUAGGGUUUUUUUCUAUUUUUUAAGGCGAAAUGAAUAUAGCUCAGAUUUUGAAAGUGCAAGCCAAAGCAUCCACCCUACUAUGUCCUCAAGAGUUUUAACACAGAGCAUUAAAGAAGAAUCGCCAGGACAUUCAGAAACAGACAAAUCAAAAGAAGAGUCAGAUAUUGACAAGUCAAAAGACGAAUCAGAGUCAGAAAAAUCAAAAGAAGAAAGCAUUGAGGAGUUCAUUGAUAAUUAUGAAGACGAUUUUGAGUCAGAAUCGUCCUCAGUGUUGAAAUCGUCAAGAGAUAAAGUCGAAUCAAGCAGCUCUGGAGCAAAAAGCUCAAGUGUGGUACCUGAAGAAAGCUCUGAGAGCAAGAAAAGUAGCUCUGUUGAAGAAAAAGUUUUGGAGGAAAGCAAUGAAAAUAAACAGUCAAUUAUUGGAGAAAGUAUUGAAGAACUGUCAGAAGAUAUACAAAGUUAUGAAUAUUCUCAUAAAUUUGAAGAAGAUAAAAGUAAAGAAGAGCAAGAGGAGGAAGAAGAAGAAAUGAGUAGUAAAGAAAGUGAAGAUUUAAACAGGCAUAAAUUAAAUAGUUCAUUUCAUUUUUUAUCAAUUAUAUCUCAACCAUUCAAAUAUAGAGAGUAUAGAAAAUCAAGCAGAUAUAAUCACCAAUGAAAUUUUUGCAAGUAUUUUUGAAGAAGUUUUAGAAAACCUCCCAGGCUUUAAUGUAGACGAGCUUGUCGACAGUCUUUUCCAAAGAGUUUUAUCUGAAGCUCUUGAGAGCCUGCCUGUCUCAGAAAGCUCCAUCCCUAUCUCUUCCCCUCAAGCCAUCCCAGCAGUGAACACAGACACCAAUUCAGUUCUAGGCUACACUUCAAUUAUCCUUGGUUCUGCCCACAAUUUCACUUUAAAUCCCUUCACCAAAGACUCCAUAGAAACUUUAGCUAUGCUCCGAGAAAGCAACUACAUAGACCACGCCCUAAUGAACCCUGAGCAGCUUUUGCCAAUUGACUUAUACAUGCAGUUAGAAGAAGAAAAACAAGACGACGACAGCGACAAUGCAAAAAUCCUCGCACAGCAAAUUCACAAUAAAAUGAUUUUUGACGCUGUAAAUGAGGCGCUAAAUAGACUCAGACCACAUGGGAGAAAAGGGUCUCCAUUGCCAUGGAGCAAUGUGGCAAGAAUUAAUAAAACAGUCGCAGUUGGCGACUUGAAAAAUCAAGUUGAAGGAUUAGUUAAUUCUUGGGCUGAAAUAAAGUAUGGGCAGAAACAGGCUGGAGAGCAAGCAGUUUUAAAUGAGACAGAAGAAAAGAAAAAAGGGUCUUCUGCAGAUAAAGAUAAUUCGGAGAAGCUUUUGAAUUCGGUGAUUGCAGAUGAAGCUGAGGAGUGGGUUGACUAUGAAGAUGCAGAAACGAAGGUUAAGAUUGAGCUGGAGCAGUUUAUUUUUGACCAGCUGAUAGAAGAGACUGAAUAUAUUUUAAGUAGCAUGUAA